AUGUUGACAGGACCUAAAGCUAUUGUGAGUAGAGCUAGAUACAAAAGCCAAACUCCGGCUUUUGCUAAACCUGUAACAAUUAAUAAUCUCUCUGUAUAUGAUUCUUAUACAGAUCCUCAUGAAGACCCUUGUUAUAAUGAAUCUGAUAUCUUAGAAACUGAUGAUCUAUCUAAUGCUACUAGCAAUAAACCUUCUAUACUUAAAUUAUUUGUAUAG